AUGGUGUCGGCUCGUCGAGCAGAGACGCGAUGGGUGACACGCAUUAUUCCGCUCGUUCUUGGUGGUUGUGUUGGGUUUACGACUUAUGUUGUCGUUAAGCGCGUCUGUGUGGAUUUCUUUAUAUCCGAUCAGCAACAACCCGGCACCGCGAUCGCUUUUCUUGUUCUACACUUCCUAUUCCUUAUCUCGAUGCUCGGGACAUACAUCCGAGUAUUCCUCGUUAUCCAACUCGACCCUGGAGUGACGCCGCUGGGCCCGAGAGCCACCGAAGAGAAGGCGAAGUUGAAGGGACGCAGCCGACGAGAACGGGACCUCGAGGCUGCUAAUAGAUAUGAGGCACGGCCAGAUGACAACCCGGAUAGCCCCGGGCUCGAGGAGUUCUACAGCAAGGACGUAUUCGUCUGCGAAACGGAUGGGCGGCCACGAUGGUGCAGCUCUUGCUGCAACUGGAAGAUGGACAGGGCGCACCACUGCAGUGAAAUCGAAAGAUGUGUAAAGAAGAUGGAUCACUACUGCCCAUGGGUGGGUGGUAUAGUGGCCGAAACCUGUACGCCUCAGCCUCUGCCCCGUUCGACCCUCCCGUCGAUUCUGAUUGCUGACUAUCAAACCACAGCCUUCAAAUUCUUUGUUCAGUUUACUUUCUACACGGCUAUACAUUGCGCCAUUGUCAUCGUGGCAGCCGUCAUUUGCUUUCAGUCCAAAGUCCGCAACGACAUGGGGAUCGACGGCGUUAUUAUCGGCGCUGUGGCCGUCGCGGCUCUGUUCGGUUUAUUCACUUUCACUAUGACGGCGACGUCGAUACGCUAUAUCUUGGUCAACCUCACAACGAUUGACUACCUCAAGUCCAAGAACGUGGUGCACCAACUCGCCAUACGGGUCCCCCAAGGCACGCGACCAACCCAGAGCUACAAUGUCAUCACUUACCCCCUUCCCAAAACCACAAAUGCAACAGCCCCAACACUUCAGACCAUCGCCACCGAAUCCUCUUCCCCACGGGACCAGCUCGCAACUCGGACGUUCGCCAUUGUCAAAACCGAGAUGGGUGAGAACCCAUGGAACCUAGGCUAUUAUCGCAAUUGGAAAUCAGUCAUGGGAGACAACCUUAUCGACUGGCUGCUCCCUAUCCGGGGAUCCCCAUGUGCUCUGUACGAAGAUGGCGAGAGCUUUUACGAGUUGGGGCCCCUGUACCAGCAGUUGCGGACCAGAUUCAAUCUUCCAGACUUGUCGACCGGGAAGGGCGGGGUCGAGAUGGGGGAGCGGGAGAGACAGAAUACCAAACAUGGGAUGAACGGGACACGGAACUAA